AUGUACCACAUAGUGAGCUUUGUGGAUACAGAAGAAGUAGAAAUUGUCCCUGCCGUCUGGGUGAAGGGCGGUGUUUGUCUGUGGCCUCCAUACAAGAGUGAAGGUGUCCAGAGGGCAACCAAGUCUCAGGAGCAGCCUCAUGAGAACUGGACUCCAUAUAACAUAAAAGUGUUAUAUACAACAACACUACUGCAUGACCUGUUGAUAAAGCAGGAAAUAAUAAUUGAGCAACAGAGGAACUUAAUAAGGAUGGUCCAAGAUCUGAAGACCACUAGCGCUAGGGAGAACACGGCUGCCUGUGAGGACACAAUUGCUUGUGACAUGAAUCAAAGGCACCUUCCUAUUGAAGACCUUCCUUCACUGAUGGCUCUGGAAAAUGACCUCCGAUCAUCUCCAGACAAGAGGAAAAAACUGGUGCUUGAACUGGGGCUUAUUGGUGGUGCUGACAUCAAAGACACUGUCUGGCGCAUUUUGAAACAGACGAUUAAAAAUGAUCUAGCUAAAACUGUCACCUGGCAUGGCGUGAAUGGGAAAACAGGUUUUCGAAGCCUGCAGCUGAAGAAUGUUGUAACUGAAGCUGUAAGAAGAAACCCAGUAUGUUCCCAGGCCACUGAGAUGGAGGUAGAACGAGUUAUUAGAAGAUGGUUUCAUCUGGCUUGUGAUCGGGAGGAAGAGAAGAAAAGUGGAAAAUGCAUCAGGACAAAACAAAAUGUAAUGGACACACCGCCACACUGGAGAGUGUGUCAAAAGGUCACACUGGAGACAGCGGUACUUGACUUGCUCUUAGUUAGCUUUUUUUCUAGCUAGCUAAUUACUCUAGGUGCUCUCCCCUCUCUGUCUAUUCCAGAGCAUUGAUGUAACUCUCCCACCCUACUGCUUUGUGGGAGCAGAAGAUAUGUUUGGAGAUAAGUAACAAUGUGGAGGAAAGCUUGCAAGGUGUUUACUGGUUUAAUUCUAAGCAGGAUAAGUUACUGCAUUCUUAC